AAACUGUUGAUGUUUAAACCAUGUAAUCUGAAAACAAUCGCAGGUUGUGUUUUAAAAGGAGAUGACACUUAACACCACCUGUUUAGCGGUUAAAUAGCGAAGAAGCCAAGAAAGUUCUUAAAGGAAAAAAAAGAAAACAUUACAAAGCGUCUCUCGCUAACGAAUCUUUAUUCCUUAGCGUGGCUAUUUCGUUGCUAUGUUAAAUACAGUUGAAUCAUGUAUUUCAAAGUUUCAUAAUAUCAGAAUUGAAAUCUUUAGAUGAAAUAUUAAAUCCAAUCAUUACUGACAUUAGUGACCUGUCUGGCAACAGGUGUCACUGAGCCUUAAUUGGCCCUUGUGACGUCCUGUGGUAAGGUUUUCCCUGCCACAAAUCAGCAAAUCUUAUGCUUUCAAACCAUGGAAUGAAAGCUACAGUCGACUAUUUGAAGCCCUAUGGCAUUUCGCAAAUGGAAAUAUAUUCCAACACUCGCUUUAAUAGGUUGGAUGGUCGUCGUGAGUUAUUUUGCCUUCACGGAUUUUGACAAAUGCGGGCCAGAGACGAAUCAGCUACGAAGAGCAAAGCGGGUUCUAAAUAAAUCAAAUCUAUUCAUAGACAAUCUACAAGCGGAAAUAAGUUCACUUAAAGAACAAGUCUCGAACCUUCAGAAACAAUGCAAGAAAAAAUGUCCGCUUGUGAGACCCACGAUAGAAAUGAAGGAUUCCUCGUCUCAAAGAACGACGCAUCGGGUGAAAAGUAGUAGUACAUCUACAAAGCCAUCUCACGACCCGAGAGAACCUCUGGGCGACAGCAUUGCGCCAAGAAAUGCAUCAGUUGAACGAUUUGAACAUAAAACAGAAGCUCCAAGCUUGAAGCUGGAAAAAAUAAGACGAAGGGCAAUGAAGGAGCAUCGUGAAAUGUGGUAUUAUCUUAGCGCUGAAGUCACAAAAAUUAACAAAAACUUAGGAAGUUCUCUGAAAGCAAGAUUAACGGAAAUGUUGGAUAACUUUGCGGAAAUGCAUCGAACUUUGGGAAACAACCUCGACAGAAUAAACAAUCAUGAUUCCCUGUUAAGCUGGCGUAAGAAAGAGCAAGCGAAGCUUAGCAAACUAGUACAAAACCGUUUGAAGCGUUUACAGAAUCCAAAGGACUGUAAUUCCGCACGGAAACUGCUAUGCGAUUUGAACAAAGGCUGUGGUUACGGAUGUCAAGUGCACCAUCUUUUAUAUUGUUUUAUAACCGCAUAUGGCACUAAACGAACGCUAAUCAUAAACUCUUACGGCUGGAGAUAUUCGGAAAAGGGUUGGGAGGGUGUAUUUGUACCAGCCAGCAACACAUGCACAGUUGCUAGAGGACAGCACGAAAUGUGGUCAGUAAAUUCUGAAAACAGUAAGAUCGUUCAACUACCAAUUGUCGAUGGCAUAUACCCCGAGCCCAAACACCUACCUCUUGCGGUUCCCAAGGAUUUAGUAGAAAGAAUCCAGUCGUUCCACGGUUUCCCCUUUGUGUGGUGGAUUGGACAGUUUGCCAAGUAUUUGUUCCAAUAUCAACCUAAAGUUAAGCAAGAAAUUGAUGAAAAAAAACUUAAGUUAGGUUUUAAAACUCCGAUUGUAGGAAUUCACAUUCGUCGAACAGACAAAGUCAACGCCGGCGAAGCGGCUUACCAUUCAAUCGAAGAGUACAUGUACUGGGUUGAUUUGUAUUACAAGAAACUUUCUUUAUCACAGAAAGUUGAUCAGAAGAAUGUUUAUCUGGCUUCAGAUGACUUCACUGUUCUGUCUGAAGCAAAGAAAAAGUAUCCACAUUAUAACUUUGUAAGUGAUAACGAAAUCUCGAAGUCUGCUGGAGUUAAUGAACGAUACAACGAGAAUUCACUUCAUGGAUUAAUUUUCGAUAUUCAAAUGCUCUCCGAGUGUGAUUUCAUUGUCUGUACGUUAUCGUCACAGGUAUGUCGUGUCGCCUAUGAAAUGAUGCAGGCUAAUUCACCAACAGACGCUUCAGAGAGAGUUCAGUCACUCGAUGACGUGUAUUACUUUGGUGGACAAUCUGUGAACGACGUUCAAGCAGUUUACUCAUACAAAGCUAAGAAUUAUAAUGAAGUGAACAUGAAACCAGGUGACAGAUUGAAAAUUGCGGGCAAUCAUUGGGACGGGUUCUCUAAAGGGACUUCGAGGGCGAACGGUAAACUUGGAAUGUUCCCUUCUUAUUUAGUAGAGAAGUAUGUUCAUAUUGUAGAGUUUCCUGAUUAUUCAGAUUUUGAUAAAGAGUUGGAAUGAAUCAGUAUUUAUUAUCGCCGAUUUGGCGUUCAUAUAAGUCUAGUUUAUUAGCAAAUAAUCGUGCAGAAAAUGAUGGUCAAUGUUACAGCAGUACUGCAUUUGGAGGCGAGAACUGAUAGAAUUGAGAAUAAAGGCUAAAUUUUUCAACCCACACGAGACGAUGGCUGGGUAUUUUCACUGACAUGCAGUUGUUUAACGUGACGAUCAACGUGCAGACUCGAUAGAAUUUAUUACGAAAUCAUGAGAUUAUUUUUAAUUAUAUUUAAUCGAGACUUUUAUGGGACAAAAGCAGCGAUUAACUCCACAUUUCGCAAGCCGAAGAUACGAACAAUCAUUUUAUGCAC